AUGUUCGCCCCAUUGAUCGUCGUGGCAUGUGCCACGCUCGGUGCCGCCCAGCAGGUUUACAUCACCACGUCCGGCACGGUCGCCAGGCCCAGCUGCAGUGCACCCCAGCCCUGGCAUGGCAACCCUCAGCCUCAUUACUACCAGAAGCCAUUCUCCUGGACGCAGACGGAGACGGUGAGAUAUGCAACGUCUGUUCCCUCGCCCACGUCCACCACCACCUAUGCCAGGCCGUACGAGGAGUUGAGCUAUCUCUUGGGAAAUGUGGUCUCCACCACCUGGGGGAGCUGGGAUCGCAAUGCCAGCGUCAGGCCAACCGACACGGCAGAUCCAUACGGCCAGGCUGCAUGGACGGCGCAGUGGGAAAAUGCCAACAUCGUCAACUGGACCACGUCGACUCAGCUGUAUUCGACGACGGUGUCGCCGACGCCGGUGGCGGCCUCGGAGCUGGUCUAUCCACCACCACGGUACCUGAAUCCCACAGAAUGCUACACGUUUCCCGAGGGCUUCAUGCUCGGCGUGGCUGGCUCGGCGUCGCAGUUCGAGGGCGCCGUGGCCAUGGAAGGGAAAGCGCCCAUGCAGCAGGACAACGUCGGCCCGGAAAGCAACCACGUGGCCAACGAGUACUACUUUCUGUACAAGCAGGACAUCGAGCGCCUGGCGGCCAUGGGCGUCAAGUACUUCUACUUCAGCAUCUCGUGGGCGCGAAUCCUGCCGUUCGCGCUGCCCGGCACGCCCAUCAACAUGCAGGCCAUCCAGCACUACGACGACGUUAUCAACUUCGUGCUGGAGAAGGGCAUGAUCCCCGUGGUGACCAUGUGGCAUCUGGACACGCCGUUGACCUUCUUCGAGGGCAACAGGAGCAUGAUCAACUACGUGCCGCCGCCGGGAUUCGGGUUCCACAACGGCGGCUUCCAGAACGAAACGUUCCAGGACGCCUUUGUCAACUACGGCAAGAUCCUGCUGACCCACUAUGCCGACCGCGUGCCGCUGUGGUUCACGUUCAACGAGCCGUUCCUGGAUUCCAUCAACGGCCAGUCCAUCUACACCGUGCUCAAGGCGCACGCACGCCUGGCGCAUUUCUACCGAGAGGAAAUCCACGGCACCGGCAUGAUGGGCCUCAAGUUCAUCGACAACUUCGGCGUCGCGGCCGACCCGCACAAUGCAACGUCCGCCGCCGCCGCCCAGUGGUACAACGACUUCCACCUGGGCGCGAUUGCGAACCCGCUGUACCUGGGCAUCGACUAUCCAGAGACUUACAAGCAGGCCAUCUCGGACUAUGUGCCCUUGACGCCCGAGGAUCUGGCCUACAUGAAACAGACGGCCGACGUCUUCGGAAUCGACCCUUACACCAUCAACGUUAUCAACCCUGCCCCGGGCGGCCUGGAGGCCUGUCUCACCAACGCCUCGCAUCCCUUGCAUCCCGGAUGUGUCACCACCUCCACCCUCACCCAGACCGGAUGGGCAGUCGGAUACGGUGGCUUCGUAUGGGCGCAUGACACCCCCAAAUACCUUCGCACCUAUCUGUCGUACCUGUGGGACACGUACCGAACGCCUAUCAUCGCCACCGAGAUCGGGUUUCCCGUCUCGGGAGAAGGCGAGCUGCCGCUGGCCAACCAACGCUUCGACUCGCCUCGCAGCGACUACCUGGUGAGCAAUCUCAAUGAAAUCCUCAAGGCCAUCUGGGAAGACGGCGUCCAGGUCCUGGGCGCCUUUGUCUGGAGUUUCGCCGACGACUGGGAGAUGGGCACCUACGCUUCGCAGUUUGGCUUGCAAUUCGUCAAUCGCACCGACCAGACUCGCCAGUAUAAAAGGUCCUUCUUUGACUUGAUGGACUUUUACAACUCUCGGAAAAGUGACUAG